AUGAGUCAAAAACUGUUCAUUUACGGAACUUUAAAAUCAGGCGAACCGAACCGUUGGCUUAUUGACUAUCUCCUUCGCUUCAAGCAUAUUCAAGAGGCGCCUAGGCCGGCAAGAACAGAGGACGGAUUUCCACUUGUUACGGAUCCGCAGACAGAUCACGUGCCUAUUUUGGUUGAUCGCAAGGGUCAGGGCGAGUGCGUCGAGGGAGAAAUUGUUGAAGUAAGCGAGAAGGGAGCGCUGGUCUUGGAUGAAUUCGAGGGACUAGAUCAAGAGGGCGAGUACAAAAGGAUUAGCAUCGACGUUGUUAAUCAUCUUGGCGAGUCAGAAAAGUGCAGUUGCUACGCUUACAACGGCCCAGAAUCCGAAAUCUCGCGUCUUCUAAAACUCGACUUUAUCAGUUCCUAUUCUACCAAAAACCAGCCAUAUUCUGGCAGCAAAGAAGAUAAGAAAUUCGGAGAAGAAAUCUGCGCUCGAAUUCUGAAAAAUCAUUAA